UACGAUUUUUAAUCAUAUAGUUUCAUAUGGUGCCUGGAUCUAUUGGGUUUUAUAUUUUCAGAUCUAGAAAAUCUAUAUCUAGUUUUCCCGAACCAAGCACUUAACUACACAUAUACGGUAGGUGUAGGUUCAAGUUCUAGGGGAGGCCACUUGUAAAACUUGUGAAUGUCGAUGUAAACUAAAAAGUAUAAGCGGAUGCAUAGGCUUCUUGGCAACACAGUUUUGAUAUUUAUUAAACCUCGCGAAUUCUUUUUAAAUUUAAUUCGAUUUCCAAAGAACGGCAAAAUGGGUUUGAUAUCCGCUGAGCUUUUCCCAACGAAAUUGAGUUUCGUUGUAUUUAUUACAUACAUGGGAUUGUUUAUAAAUCAAGGUAUCUUAGUGACAGCCAGCAAAUCAAAAGACAACACCUACAAAUACAACAUCGUGACAGUUGUCUUGCUCACAGAGACUCUCAAGCUUGUUGUGGCUGCCAUUCUCUUUGUUAAAGAUCAUUCAGUUGUAAGCCUGUUUGAGGACCUGGUGAAGUAUAAAAGAGUGCUUUGUCUGUAUUUUAUUCCUGCUGCGCUCUACUGCCUCUACAACAACCUUCAGUUUGUCAACCUGUCAGCCUAUGACCCCACCACAUAUUACCUGCUGCUCCAGUUCAGAGUGGUGGUGACAGGUGUUGUAUUCCAGGUGAUAUUCAAGAAAAAGCUCAGCUGCAUUCAGUGGGCGUCACUGCUUAUUUUGACGAUCGGCUGCAUCAUCAAAGAGGUCCGCCAUGAUGUAUCCAGUGCCCAGGCCAAGGAAGUGGGUCCAACCUCGUUCAUGGAUUACCUGGAUAUUCAUUUACUUUUUAUAUUUUUCCAGGUAUUUUCCUCCUGUAUAGCCGGUGUAUACAACGAGUUUCUGUUGAAGGACACAGGUGUGGAUGUGCACAUCAUGAUGGCUAAUGUGUUUAUGUACUUGAACUCCAUCGUGUGUAAUAUAUGUGUGCUGGCGUUUAAGGGAGAUUUAAUUCAAGCCUUCGGCUACAAUGAAGUCAUGUCUAUAAUGCAGCCCAAUGUCCUGGCCAUCAUAUGCAACAACGCCGCCAUCGGCAUUGUCACCAGCUUAUUCCUACGCAGCCUAAACUCCAUCCUAAAAACUUUUGCCAGCGCUCUGGAACUCAUGUUCACGGCCGUCCUGUGCUGGAUGAUCUUUGGCAUCCCUGUGGAUCUGUACACAAUCCUGGCCAUCUUUAUAGUCAGCUUGGCCACUUACUUGUACGCACAGCACCCCGUGGUCAACAAAGCAAGGACUGACAUGGAGAUUGAGAUCAAGAAAGACUACUCUAACGUGCCCAAUCAGGGGCAACAACCCCUGUCGCCCACCCACAGACAUAAAACAUUGCAGUCUGUCUAAUGUUUAUGCAGCUUGUUAGUGUUUGAGUGAUGGAUGAAUUUUUUAAAAUUUUAAAAUGACGUUAUAUGAAUGUUUAGAAUAUCAAGCGAAUCACCUUUACUAUAUUUUAAUAGUAAAGCUAAUAUUUUUCUGACGUGAAAGAUUGUUAAGAGAAAUGUUGACACGCUUUUUAUUUUAAUGUCCAUUUUUUGUCAUAAUAAUUUUAGCUUUUGCUUGAAAUGUUUUCCUACGCCCAAUGAACAUAGAUAGUAAUGUGAUUUUAGGAAAUUUUAAUUUCAAGGGAGGUAACUUGCUGUUGAAACCCCAGGCUGGUCUGGUUUAGAUUUUUUGAAAAACAUUUUUAAAAUAACUUUGAUACCAUUUAUGAAAGCUUGAAACUGUUGUGAAUGAAGGGAUUCUUGUCUUUCCUAGAGUAUAAAAUUGUACAACCUGUUGAGUUACAUAUAGGACUGAUGUGCUACCGCAACGAGCAAGUGAUAUAUUUAUUUAUCAUGUGGGCGUGUAUGGUCUGUCCGGGACAGAAAUUUAUUGUUUUACCCUGACAUUUGUAUGACAUUGUGUUGUGUUUUUUUUUAAAGAUGCCACAAUAAUAAACGGUUUUCUUUCGUUCUUGGUCUGAUAGAACAUUUGGUUUUCUUAGGUCAUGUGAUAAGAAGACUAUUGUUAUUUUAAAAGAAAUUUCAAAUGUAAAGCAGGCCUGUAUGCUAGUUACUGCCAUUAUUAAUUAAUUACGAAUCAUGGCCUUAUAGAAAGUUUUGUUUUGUCACAACUUAUGACUAGUAGACUUGUUAUAUUUUUUAAAAUUUCAAAUAUAAAAUAGGCCUGUAGACUAAUUACUGCCAUUAUUAAUUAAUUACAAAGCAUAGUCUGAUAGAAUUUUUGUUUUUUUUAUGACUGUGAUUAGUAGACUAAUGUUAUUUUUUUUAAAAAUUCAAAUAUAUAUUAGGCCUAUAUGCAAAAUAGGCCUACUGCCAUUAUUAAAUAAAUAUAAAUCAAUAUAAUUGUUAUAAAUUAAAAAUAAACUUAUACCUUUAUUAUAUAUUUUUUUUUUAAAUUAGUUUAUUAGAUGUUAGGAUAAUUAAUUACAGUAAGAUUAAUUGCACCGUUUGUUAUAAAUUAAAAAUAAACACUUACCUUUAUAUUAUAGUGUAUUUAAAACACAUUAUUUUUAUUAAAUUAUAGGAUAAUUAAUUACGAUAAAAUUUAUUACACCAUUUGUUAUGAACUUGACAAGCUUCAGUGCACAGUUUGUCCAACUGCUGUUGGUGUAUGUCAUCUGCUGGUUGCUUCUGCUGAGGUUGUCUUUGCUUCUUAUAGUUACCUCCCCUGGUUGCAGCUCUUUUUACCGAUUUUUUAAAAACUUGUGUGCUCAGUGGUUUUAAAAUAAUUGUUAUAUAAUCUUUGUAAUCAAGCAUAUUAUUUAUGCUAACUGUUUGAAGAAUGAUAAAGUUUUCUGCUAACUACUCUUCUUUUUCCUUUUUAUUUUUAUGUAUUUUUUUUUAUUAUUUUGUAGUAUUUUCCUUUUGUAUUCCUAUUAUUUAAAAUUAGCAUAAUUAACACACAUUUUGUUCAUUUUAAUUGCUUGUUGUGCUUUGAGUUUUAUUUUUACUUUUUUUAAGCUGCUACUUCCUAUUGCAAAAUCUUGAAACUUUCUUUAUAAAAGUUGUAAGAAAAGCAUUUUCUACAUAGCCGCUUUAAAAAUUGGAUUUUUUUUAAUAACAUUUUAUUUGUUUCAUAAAUCUUGUAUUUACUAAAAACUAUUUUGUUUACAAAUAGACAUGAACUAUGUAGCAUUAUAUGGCAGGGUACUGUAACAGUGUUUGUGUAGAAACUAAAAAUCGGGCCACUUCAGGUAUACAAUGUUGUCAGGAUUUUAUAUUAAAUCUAUAUCAACAUAUAAGCGAUAUAUAGAUAAUAAGUCAUUUGCCUUCAAAUUUAAAACAUUUUUUAUUUUAUUUUUUUGUAAACUGGAGAAAGUUUUUUUAUCCAUGUUUUAUAAGAUUAUCCAAUUGGAUAAUGAAUGGGGUCAUCCACUUUUUAAUGUUUUUACCCCCCCCCCCUAUUUUUCUCCACUAUCAUCAAAGCCCAACCCACCCCCUUAACCUUAAACUUACUUCACGGAGUUCCUCCCCCGACCCUCUCCACUGUAUAAUUCUAAUGAAACUUAACAGGAUUUUAACCAAAUCUGUCUUAAAAUUAAUACAGAAGAAAUGUUUUCUACAAUUUUUUUGUGCCACACCUCACCUCAUCCCACACACACACUCACAAUUCUGGCAUCCUACAAGAGUGUGAUAUCAAUGGGAGACCACCCUAGAUACAGUUAUCUAUAUUUCCUUUUUGUAACUCCUGAAACACAUCGAGCCUUACUUUCAUGCUAAGUAACCCUCUAGCCUUUCAGUAGUUUACAAGCUUAUUUCAUUCCACAAAGUUUUAAAGUGUGUUUCUCCAAUAUACUUGCAGUUAUUUACCGCAUUAGAAACUUUUUUAAUAAUUUUAAUUAAUUUUUUUUAAGUUAAGGAAUCAAAAUAUAGUUUAGCCUUUUACCAAAAAUAAACUUUAAUAAACCUAUAUAUAUAUAUCCCCAUUCAGUUUGUAAUUAGUAAUCAGGUAAGUUGUAUUUUAAAAAGUUGGUAUCCUGGAAGUCACAAUUCAAGCAUUUAAAAAAUUUAUAUGAAGUAGUAUUUCAGUGGGGAUGACUUAUGAUUUUAUACAAAUGUUUUCUAUUGUUAACUAUUUUCUUAAUAUAUUCUUGUUAUUUUUUGUGUGGUGUUUUAACCCUAUUUUGGCUCAUAUAAGAAUAAUACAAAUGUUAUUGUAGCUCUGCCAUAUCAAAUUAUUACUACUGCUUGUUAAUAGGCUUAGAAUAAGGAUUAUGUAAAGGAUUAGGGUCAGGAUUAGAUUUUAUGAAUAACAACAUUAGGGAUGGGGUCAGGAGAGGAAUUAAGAUUAGGGUUAGGAUAGCGCUGCUUACACAAACUUAGUAUAAAUAAUCCAUGCUAGUGUUGCUUCUUCUGUCUGAUAACUAUACCUCAUCCCUCAACCAAAUCUGCAAGUAUAGCUGCACUGUACAUUUCCCUACAAGGCUGUAUACUAUUUUUAACCCAGAUUGUGUGAACAUAAGGUCAAGUAUAUUAUCAACAUUAACCUAUUUAAAUCCUGGGAGCCAUCUUGUUAUGUUUGUUUUAGCUCUGGUAUUUUUGCAAGGUUUUAAGAAACUUACAUUAUUCAAUUAAUGUCACCUUCAUUCCAUAAUGUGGAAAACAUAUAAAGCCCUUUACCUUUUUCUAUGACAUAUCUUCCAUUUUUAAAUUUAGAAUUGUAAUUUUUUAAAAAAGAAAUAAUUUGGAUUGAUUUAUAAUUAUGUUUGUAAUGAAGUUUUAAUGAUUUAUUUUUCACUCUUUUAAUUAAAUGGAAGAGGAUUGCUUA